AUGCCACGUCGAGCACGCGUUCAUUUCGUGUCGCUCAAGUCUUCCCUUGUCAACCUUCCCAUAUCGAUAUAUGGCCCAUUGCUCGAACGGUCCAUAAGACCGCAACAUCUCGCCGUGCACCUUAUAUCAGAGUCUCAGAAUGGUCAGAAAAUAGAGGCAUAUGUCGGAUGGACUGGCAUGGCUUCCUCCUCUUCUCUCGCCCAUUUCAACUCGCCCGACGCAAAAGAGAAGGGAUUCGAGACAAUUGAAAUCGACCCGCAGUAUUCACAAGGGCUUGGGUUUGCACAGGGGGACGUGGUCGAAAUAGGACUGCUGCACGACCUUCCUCUCGCAUCGACGGUCGCAACUGAGCCUCUCACGUCUGAUGAUUGGGAGAUCAUCGAAAUCCACGCUUCGCAUGUCGAAUCGACCCUUCUUUCCCAAGUCCGUGUCGCCAAGGUUGGACAGGAGAUCGAUAUCUGGGUCCUGGGAAGAACAAGGGUCCGCCUAAAAGUUGUCUCCGUAGAUCCUCCUUCAAAAAACAACGCUCUACUACUUACCACCAACACCGAGGUCAGCAUUGCACCCAAAUCGCGAGGUUCCUCAUCUAGGCAGCAGAAACAAUCUGCUGCAAACGGCCAUGCGCUGGCCACCUCGAAUCAGGCAUCUACAGCCAAAAAUGAUGUCUUGAGUGAGGAAACAAAGUCCAAAUUCGCGAUACAAGUUGUACGCGUCCUUCCAGCCCGAGUGCUCCCUCCCUUGUCGCCUCCCUCAUCUUCGUACACUCAAUCUGAACCCCUCGCUUACGUCCAUCCUCGCACUUUCGCGACUCUCACUAACUCACGGUUUCCACUCCCAGCUGACUCAGAAGAUGUCUUUCAUAAAAUUACUUAUCGUCGACUUCCUCCCCCAUUGGAUCCCACUAGCUCGGCUUCAAAUCCCACAGAACCAGCUUCAUCACCGGCACUCGAACCACGUCUGCUAAAACCAGGCGAUAAAAGUGGAAGCUCACCUGUCGAAAAAGUCGCGACCGACACAUUGUUUGUCGGGUGGUCGAAAGAGGUCUUGUACCGCCAUAUUGUAUUUCCUGGUGGUCUUCAGAAUGUUAAUGAUUGGGAUAUCAUGUGGAUCACAGCAACUGGAGAAGUGGAGAGGACAUCCAAUCUAUUCUCGGAGAAGAAAGAAUCCGAGCUUUCUGCUGAUGAUACCAAGUCCAAAGAAAUUCCACCUGCUGAUUUUUUAGCGGGGGUCGAUGAGAUUUUGAAACAAGGCGAGGAGUUUUGCUUGGCAAACUAUGCUGUUCAAGCAAGGAAGAGCGAUGUGCGAGGCAGUCGGUCAGGGACUGGUAAGACCUCCAUCGUUCGAGCCAUCGGGAAAGCAAUGGAAGAAAACUCACUCACAUAUAGCUACAUCCAUUACGUCGAUUUCGCCCUGCUCAGCACAAAACCAGUGCAAACACUCAAAAGUCUAUUUCACUAUUAUUUCGCUAUAGCAUCGUGGCAUCGACCAAGCAUCCUCAUCUUUGAUAAUAUAGAUAAAGUAUUGAGCGCUGAAGUAGAGAACGUAGAUUCUUUUAGAACGCGGCAUAUCACUGAACUCUUCAUUGCUCUAUUUUCAUCUUCCGCACGUCAAGCGUCCCAAAACUUCAAAGCAAUAUUGAUGCUUGCUACUGUUGAAUCUCGCUCAUCACUUCAUCCACUUCUCAGUACGAAGCAUAUCUUCCAAGAAGUUGUUGAUGUCAAACCUCCAAAUCGAGACGCCCGUAAAGAUAUAAUAUCGCGGGUAAUAGAGAGGCGGCUUGCAGCCGCUCCCAGUCUUAAACUGAGCCCAGAUUCCCCUCCUGAUUACACGACAGUGGCUAUCCAGACUGAAGGCUACUGUGCGACCGAUCUGCACGACCUUGUGUCUAGAGCCAUCCACCAGGCCGUUAUGAGGUUGGUAGAGAAAAAUGACAAGGAUAAUCAUGAGACGUAUCUUUCGAUGCAAGACUUCAAUGACGCCCAAGUCGAUUUUGUCCCUCUAUCUUUGCGCGACGUCCCGCUCCAGAAGUCAACUGUAGAAUGGGCUGAUAUUGGGGGUUUGAAGAACACUAAGCGAAUCAUCAGAGAAACUCUAGAAUGGCCGACGAAAUAUGCUGUCAUUUUCAAGCAAUCUCCACUUCGUCUACGGUCUGGCUUGCUGCUGUAUGGCUAUCCUGGGUGUGGAAAAACGCUUCUUGCGUCGGCUGUAGCAAGGGAAUGUGGCCUUAAUUUCAUCAGUAUUAAGGGCCCUGAGCUGUUAAAUAAGUAUAUUGGAGCUAGUGAGAAGUCUGUCCGAGACAUAUUUGAUCGGGCUUCAGCUGCGAAACCAUGUGUCCUAUUCUUCGACGAGUUCGAUUCGAUAGCACCAAAGCGAGGUCAUGACAGCACAGGCGUCACCGAUCGCGUUGUCAAUCAGCUGCUCACGCAAAUGGAUGGUGUUGAAGGUUUAGACGGUGUUUAUGUUCUUGCUGCCACUAGUCGUCCUGAUCUCAUCGACGCUGCUCUACUGCGACCCGGUCGACUUGACAAGUCUGUUAUUUGUGACAUGCCGGAUUUGGAAGAUCGCAAGGAUAUACUGAAAGCUGUCAGCCGUAAGAUGAUACUAUCGCCAGAGGUGGACCUCGAUGAGAUUGCGCUUGCCACGGACGGCUAUUCUGGCGCCGAUCUUCAAGCAUUAGUAUACAACGCUCAUCUUGAAGUAGUGCAUGAAUCUUUAGCCGAAAACGAGUCGAGCCUCAAUCUCAAUGUCAGCUCUGCCUCGAAUCAGAAUCAGCAGCGCGUCGAGUUUGCUGUCGUGGGAGGUCCCGAGAAAGAGAAGAAUGGGGGUAUGACUAAAGCUGAGGAAGCAGCUCUACAACGGCGGCUACAACGGAUAAAGUCCGCUGGGGACUCUAAACACACGGAGAAGGAGCAAGAAAAAAUUGAGCCUAAAAGACACGAGAUCACACAAGCUCACCUCCACCGGGCUCUCAAGUCCACACGUCCGUCCGUAGCAAAAGCGGAGCAGCAAAGACUGAAAAAGAUAUACAGCGCGUUUGUGUCAGACCGUAGCAGUGGUACCAAGACUUUCCCUGCCCCUCCAGAUCCGGAUGGCAUAGGAAAUCGGGUAUCGCUCAUGUAA